AACCAAAAGAGGCCACGUAUUCCAAAAAAGUGUCCAUAUAAGGAUUUUCUCUAUGCAGACAGACCCCAAGUUACCACACUGCAGAGCUUUAGUUUUAGCAUGGCCGUCUACUGGUUACAGACUGAGGCCACUAACUUAUUUUGCAUAAGCCCAUAAUGAAAAUUAUUUAAAUGCUACAGACUUUGGAUGGAUCUGGACUGAUGAUCUAGAAAACAAAGACUCCAUAUCCUUUAAUGGGUGAUCUCCCAUUAGUUUAUAGUUGACACAGGGGAUUCUGUCCCAUUCACCUUCUCGGCUGCUUGGGGAAAAGGAUAAAAGGUGGCAUGGCUGGAGAAAUGAGGAUGUGGUUAGAAUGUCUUUGUGCCAGGCUGAUCUUAGGCUGUAUUUCAGCUCUUGUGAGGCAUAUCUAAAGGGGCCUUUCUGCCCCGUCUCUCUGUGGCAGUAUUUGGGGUCACAGAGUGUACGAACGCCACUACUAUUGUUACUUGGACACGCAUAAGGUAACGGUGUUUCCUAAUUGGUAACUAGCCAAUCACCUAAUUAACCUAUUGGGAGAUUACAGAUGCGGACCCUCUCACGUAUCUAUUCACCGUGUAGUCUGUGGAACUGGUGCAGAAAUAAAAACCUACAAUUUGUUUAGAUUUUAAAACCACAGGACUAUAUUAACAAAGAAAUAAUAAUUGAACAUACACUCCUUAGGGAAGUCCCAAAGAGGAAAGAAAACACAAAGUCUUAUGGCGCAGGGACGAUUGUUGAGGUGCUGGCGACCUACGAGCCUUUGGUCCUUUCGGGCCUCAGGUGAGGAACAGCCAGGAGUCCCUCGACGGAUGUCUCAGGGUCAAAGCUGGCGACCUUAAUCCGUUGGUCCUUCGGGCCUCAGGAGAGGAACAGCCAGGCGUCCCACGAAGAUCUGAGAAGAAAUGCUGACUUCACCUUCUGCGAAGCGCGAUUCUUCAGGCUCUUUGGCGCCGCUGGAACAGACGAUGGUAGAAUACCUAUUCUAAGCUACCCUAACCUGACUAAAAGGAAAACUAACUAAGUCGCGACGCGCCCGCCAGACAAGCUCAACGAUGGCCGACGUGAGAGGACUGACGCGAACCUGACGGACAGACUCAACAAUAGCUAACCUAACUAACCCUAUCUAAAACCUAAGGUAGGGAAUAGACCUUCCGUCUAUCCUUAAGAGAAGAGCCUAGGCUGGGAUGCUCAACCUAACUAAGCUCGACGCCCCGAUGCAACGCUUCAACCACCAUUGCGUGGACUUAUAAAAGAUGCCACAACAGUCCUACCAUGGAGCUGGACCUGCUGCAAAGCAGUGACAGACUUUUGGACUUCCUGCUACACCUCCUGGUACAGUUAAUGCAGGCUGCCUUUGUGGCACUGCAGGACCAAGACGGGCAGCUGAGACUGGGGCACCUCCUCACCCCAGCCCAGGCGCUCCUCAUACUCCAUAGUCCCCUCCCUCUUCCCCAGCACAGCAUGUACCACCACUUCUGGUGCCAGCACACCAGUUCCGACUGGUGGGACUGCGUUGUCAUGGAGCGGUGGGAUGACCAGCAGUGGCUCUAGAACUUCCGCAUGCAGAAGGACAUAUUCCUGGAGCUCUGUGAGUGGUUUGGCCCUGCUUUGCAGUGAUGGGACACCCUCAUGCAACUUGCCAUCUCCCUCCAGAAGUGCGUCGCCAUCACAUUUUGAAAGCUCACCAUGCUGGAAAGCUACCGCUCUGUGGGGCACCAGUUUGCCAUCGGGAGAUCAACUAUCAGGGGUGUGCGCAUGCAGGUGAUAAGCACUAUCAAUGCCAUCCAGCUGUGCAGGGUCAUCACCCUGGGUGACGUCAACUCCCUCAUCACUGACUUUGCCACCAUGGGCUUCCCCAACUGUGGGGGAGCCAUUGACGGCAUCCACAUUCCCAUCUGGGCCCCCAGCCACGGGGCCUUCAGCUACACCAGUAGGAAGGGGUACUUUUCAAUGGUCCUGCAGACCCUCAUGGACCAUUUGGGCCACUUCAUGGACAUUGACGUCAGGUGGUUGGGGAAGGAGCUCUAUGCCUGCAUAGUCCGGAACUCCAGCCUGUUCCAGAAGAUGCAUACUGACACUUUUUUCCCUGACCACACCAUAAGGGUCAAGAAUGUGGACAUGCCCAUCUGCAUCAUGGGUGAUGCAGCCUCCCCCUUGCUCCCUUGGCUUAUGAAGCCCCACACAGAACACCUGGACUCCAUGAAAGACUGCUGGAACUGCAGGCGCAGCAGGUGCCACGUUGUUGUGGAGGGUGCUUUUUUACUGCUUCAAAGCGAGAGUCCAAUGUCUCCUCACACACUUGGACCUUGGCAACUGAACCAUCCCCCAGGUGGUGGUGACCUGCUGUGUUCUCCACAAUCUGUGCAAGAACAAGGGGGAGACUUUCAUGACAAGGUUGGGGGCAGAGGCAGAGCAGCUCACCAGUGCUUUUGAGCAGCUGGGCACCACUGCCAUUCAGCAAGCCCAUCAGGACUGUGCGCAUCCGGGAGACCUUGAGGGAGAGUUUCAGCUGAGGCCACCUGUGAGACACUCCCCUGGGACUCCCCACGAGGUCGUCUGUGCCAUCAAUGACAUCCUGCUCCAGAGAGACAUCUGCCUGCGCGACAUGGAGGCUACGGUGGCUGGCUUCACUGCCCUCGGGUUCCCCAACUGUGGGGGAGCCCUGGAUGCAACCCACAUCCCCGUCCAUGCCCCGGAGCAUCGAGUGGCCCAUUUUAUAAACAGAAAGGGGUAUUUCUCAAUUGUACUCCAGGCCCUCAUGGACCACCGUGGCCGCUUCCUGGACAUUUAUGUGGGCUGGUCCGUCAGGGCAUAUGAUGCCUGCAUCCUACGCAACUCUAGCCUGAUUGGCAAGCUGGAGGCAGGCACUUACUUCCCCCAGCGGGAAUUUACUGUCGGGGACGUGCCCAUGUCCACAUGUGUUGUGGGGGACCUGGCCUACCCCCUGCUGCCCUGGCUAAUGCGGCCCUACACGGGGUGGCUGGACCACAACCGGGCCCAGUUCAACGACCGCCUCAACCGGGCCCACAAUCAAGUGGAGUGCACCUUCAGGCAUCUGAAAGCCCGGUUCUAUUGUUUGCUCACCCGUCUGGAGAUGAGUGAGCGGAAUGUCCCAGAGGUAAUGGCCACGUGCUGCGUGCUCCACAAUCUCGUGGAGUGGAGCGGGGAGGCCUUCCUCCCGGCAUGGAUGGCAGGCGAGGGCCAGGCCUUCGAACAGCCCCGCACAGCUGCCAUCCACCAGGCGCACCAUGAUGGGGUGCACAUCCGGGAGGCCCUGAUGGAGAUGUUCUCCCAGGCCCCAUAGUAGGGUCGCCUCUGUCUCCCUUUGCAUCUCCCUCCUAUCCCCAACCCUU